UUGUCCCUCAAGGAAAGUGGGCUAGCACAGCCCCAAGCCUCCGGCCCCAGCCCAGGCCGGACCCGCGCGGGCGUGGCAGGGUCGGGAGCCCGGGCUCCCCCGGGCCAGCAUCUCUGCCAGGAGAUUGAGCAGCGGGAAGCUCCUCAGGGUCCUGUGGCCGCCGCUGGAACGUUACCCCAAGCUAGGACCUUAGGACGAGCCUCCUGGGGUUGUGCAGACUUGAGAAAAAGACACAGGGUUUUAAGAUCGUAAGGGCUGGCGUGAGGAGACCUCCCAGAGGAAGCUCGAGCCCUGGGGAGCUGGGGACCGAGGCAGUCACAUCCUCCGCCGGCCAGCGCGGGCGGGGAGGCACCGCAGUUAUUUCGGGACGUGCUGUGGUUUGCAGCACUUCCAGCGCCUCCAGUUCCUGAGCUGUCCUUGGGCCCAGUUCUGGGGCAAAAAUGCCUGCCUUUCACAUCGAAGAUAUGCCAGAGAAGGAAAAGCUGAAGAUGGAAGUUGAGCAACUCCGCAAAGAAGUGAAACUGCAGAGACAACAGGUGUCCAAAUGUUCUGAAGAAAUAAAAAACUAUAUUGAAGAACGUUCUGGAGAGGAUCCCCUGGUGAAGGGUAUUCCAGAAGACAAGAAUCCCUUUAAAGAAAGAGGAGGCUGCAUUAUUUCAUGAAUAACUCUGGGGAGAAACUUCAUCCUCAGUGGAAGAACUAGUUUGCUUUAGUUUUUCCAAAUAAAACCAACAUGCCUUUUUAACAAACUAAAAAGGAAAUUUAAAUGAGACUUUAUUAAACACGAUAUAGAUAUGGUUAUGUAUAAAAGCCUACGGGCUUCUCAUUUUGCUCACUAUGCCCACUCUUAAACAGGAUACAAUUAUGUAAAGACAUUACUUAUGCAUGACUCACCUCUUUCCGUACAUUGCCUGAUGCUUCCAAUAAAAUUUUAUCUCUGGAAAAUGAGUGUUGACAAUU